CUGCGUGGGGACUGGUACCGAGCACCCGGUCGGUGCGAGCGAAACAAAUCAAAACGGAUACCCCACGGAUCUCUUGGCUCUCAGCUCUUUCAACAGUUCCUCUUCUCAUAAUUUGUUUUUGGCUUCCUACCCAAACCAAGAGAAGAACUCCUUGUCACUUUACUACUACACGUACUAGCUAGUACACUGCAUCACGAUGACUUACUCUACCAUUACCACAUCCAGCAAGGUCUCUCCCAAUGGCGUCACUCCCACAAGCCCAUUGAAGAGUCUUACAAAACAACCUCGUCGAGCUUCGUUGACUUCCAAGUUUCCUCGCAGCAGCAGUUUGUUCUCUGAGCAAUGGAAGUUGAGCGCGUCGGAAGAGGUGCGCAAAGCACAAGAUCAGAUCUUGAGCUACCGAGCCCUUCGUCGUGUCUCGGUUGGAGGAACUCCUGAACAACGAGCUAUGCGCUGCAAGUCUCUGGUGUCUGCUGCUCUGGAUACUCUUAGUCAAGAUGUCACUGAGGGAUCUGACAUGAGCAUGAGCUCUUCUGCACCUGAACAACGUGUACCAGUACCAGUAACAGAGGUUCCAUCCAAAGAGUCUCUCUAUGGAUACGAAGAACACACUCCUGCUCCUACAUGUGCUGCUGCUGCUGCUGCUGCCCCCACUGUCAGGAAGGCAAACUCCUCUCGUCGACGAUACCAGCGCAGAUGUUCUGUCACUGAGUUUUCUCUCAAGGCAGCGGUGCUUGCCAAAGUACAACUCGCUAGGGAGAGCAGACUUCAACUGUAACCAUACUACUGUACCACAGGCAACACCGGGGCAUGCUACCUUUUUUUGCUUACGUCCUCCCAACCUCCUUCAUCGCACAAAAAACAAUUUUACAUUCAACUCUGCACUACUACUACUAUCUUCCUACAUACCUAACGAAUAGCAUUUCAUAACCAUUCAUCAAAUUUCACUAGACUACUAGUAGUCUACGUUGCUUUGCCCUGGAACUACGGUAGGUAGGUAGUACCAGUAGCUACAACUAACUCACCA